AAAAAUCUUCGAAAUUUGCAAAAAUUGAUCUUCAGAGGGUCUCGCCUGCUUUACAAGGAAGCGUUUAGGAUCCAGCCCAAGAUUAUACAAUCUUAAUGCCUCGACUGCGCAAUGCCAUUGUGGCCUCCGGCUUGGUGGCCUUUGYAGCUGCAGGCUUGGCAUUUCCUUUCCUCUUUGUGACCACAAAGACGAAGCCUGUUAUUGAUUCAUCAAAGCCACUACCACCACAAGCAACUUUCCGAGGGCCUUACAUAAACACUGGUUCACGUGACMUUGGACCAGACCACAGGUCUUAUCCAAGGGGGUAGCCUAUCAUUUGUAAAAGACUAUGCAUACAGCCUACCCAGGCAAAUUUAUGUAAAAAAAAAAAAACAAAUCUUCUUUGUAGUGUACGUUUAUACUUAAUUAGUGAACAAAAAUAUGAUCCUAACCAUUUGAACACUGGGCUCUUUUGUGGAUUAUGUGAUACAAUUUGUAUUGCAUUAGAUACCUGUCAAACCAAUAAGAUUACACGAUCAGUCUGUGUAAACCA